UCUCACCUACCUCCGGACUACAUAUAAGGGCUUGCUAGGUCUAGCAACCUCUAUUUCGGGUUUUGCUUCUCCGUUCUUCUUCUUUGUCUUGGCUCCGAUUUACGGAUAUGUCCGGCCGCGGCAAGCAGGGGGGCAAGGUGCGAGCCAAGGCCAAGUCCCGCUCUUCGCGCGCCGGGCUACAGUUUCCCGUAGGCCGUGUGCACCGCCUGCUUCGCAAAGGCAACUACUCCGAGCGCGUAGGCGCCGGCGCGCCCGUGUACCUGGCGGCGGUGCUGGAGUACCUGACUGCCGAAAUCCUGGAGCUGGCGGGCAACGCGGCCCGAGAUAACAAGAAGACGCGUAUUAUCCCGCGCCAUCUGCAGCUGGCCAUCCGAAAUGAUGAGGAGCUCAACAAGCUGCUGGGCCGCGUGACCAUCGCUCAGGGUGGCGUCCUGCCCAACAUCCAAGCCGUGCUACUGCCAAAGAAGACCGAGAGCCACCACAAGGCCAAGAGCAAGUGAAGCCGUGGAGGCAGGCAGGAACUGCCUUGCGCCCUGGGGGUCCCCUGACGCCAAAGGCUUUCUCCAGAGCCACCCAGCUUCCCGGAAAGAGCCUCACCGGGCCUCAGCGUGGUGCGCCCGGUGCUCUACUGCAGGGGGUGCUCACCUGAUGUGUGACCGCCAUGCUCUCGAAUCUUGCCACCAACCCCCUCCUGGGAUUUAAAUCUCUCUCACCCUGAAGGUACCUGUGUUAUUAUUACCAGUGUUUAGUCUCCACAGUCUCGCUCGGUCACAUUUAAACGCCAAAUACGGACUGUGUCAUUAUCCUAGAGACAACCGGGUAGAUUGGCCUGUAUGAAAAGUUUGUUAUCUUCAGAAUUUGCCAUUUCCGGUUCUGAUAAGUAAACUGGUUCCCACUUAAAAUGUAUGAGUGCUUCAGUGAGUUGAAAUGGCAGUUUUUAAGGUCCAUCAGGAUUAUGAUAGAAUUUAUUGGGCUGGGAAUUCUAAAGUCUAGAGAAGAACUUAUUUUACUACAGGUGUUUUCAGUAUUUAAAAGGCAUUUUUAAAGGUGGUGUAAAGUUCAAGGGAACUUAACAGUAACUAAAUGAAGGAAAUUAAGUUGUUAAAAUUGGGUUGUUCAAAGAACCUCUCGAAUUGUUAGUUAACAUAAUAAAAUAAUUUGUACAUUGAA